AUGCACAUAAUCACCUGUGAUUUCUAUCCAUUGUUCGCAGUUAUUUCACACAUUAAAUCUAUCUAUCUAUCUAUCUAUCUAUCUAUCUAUCUAUCUGUUAGUGUGCAUUCUUUUCUCGUUCUAUCUAUCUAUCUAUCUGUCUAUCGAAUUCUGGUUCUGACUAUCUAUCUAUCUAUUGUGCAUUCAUUUCUGGUUCUUUCUUUCUAUCUAUCUAUCUAUCUAUCUAUCUAUCUAUCUAUCUAUCUAAUUCUGGUUCUAACUGUCUGUAUAUCUACCUAUGGAAUUCUGCUUCUGACUGUCUGUAUAUCUAUCUAUCUAUCUAUCUAUCUAUCUAUCUAUCUUAUUCUAUCUAUAUAUAUAUAUCUCUCUCUCUCUCUCUCUCUGUCUAUCUAUCUAUCUAUCUAUCUAUCAAUUUCUGUCUAUCUAUCUAUCUAUCUAUCUAUCUAUCUAUCUAUGUUAGUGUGCAUUUUUCCUUUUAUGGUUCUAUCUAUCUAUCUAUCUAUCUAUCUAUCUAUCUAUCGAAUUCUGAAGGAGUCAGCAUCGUUCGUGUUUUCUCUGACUUAUUUCUUUUCGAAAUUUGAUUUACCGCUGUUGCGUGUAUAUAAAUCAAACUGUGAUCAAUUAUUCAUUAAUCAAUACGGAACUCUCUUUGAAUUCAUCGAACCGAAUUGA